ACAGACCAAGCCAAACUUCAAUUAAAGCCUUCUUUACAAAAUGUUUUCCCCUUUACCAUCAAUCAAAGCCACUUCCUCUUUCACACUAUAGCAAAACCUUUUUUUAUCAGAUUCACCACUUUGUAAAUCUAAAGCUAAAACCGCUUUAGAUAUUCUCUCAAAGUAUCCUCACAACCACUUGCUAUCUUCUUCUUCUUCUUCUUCAACAUUUCAAUUUAGCUUCAGUCCUCAGGAAAAGACGUCUCUUUCAAUCUCUGUUUACUUUCUCCAUCGACCUGCUACUGGAAAUUUGAAAAACAGAGAGGUUUUGGAUUUUGGAACGAGAUGUUGAGAUUAAAACAGAGUCUCUGAAUCAGACACAACAAAGAUGCUUCUUCUUCUGCGACCUCUGUUCCUGUCUCUCUCUCUCUGCCUCCUCCGGUUCGCGGUUUCGGAGAUUCAGCUCGGUUCUAGGCUCGUGGUUGGUGAAAACGCCUCGUGGGUAUCUAAAAAUGGAGACUUUGCGUUAGGGUUCUUUAACCCUCCUGAUCUGCCUAACCGGUUUAGCAUCGGUAUCCGGUUUAACUCUGCAUCGAUCCCUUCUGAUGAUGGGAGGAGACAAGUGGUUUGGGUUGCUGGAGCAGGUGUUUCUGUCUCAGACAACACCUCUUACUUUGAGCUGACUCCUGAUGGGGACUUGGUUCUGUUUGAUUCUUCUUUGGGUGUACCGGUUUGGACCAGCAAGACCAACCGGUUCUCUGUUUCCUCUGCUUUGUUACGUGAUGAUGGUAACCUCGUGUUGUUGAGAGGUGGUGAGGAGGAGGAGAUUGUUUGGGAGAGCUUUGAUACACCUGCUGAUACUCUGCUUCCGAACCAAAAGCUCAAGGCUUUUGAGAUGCUUAGAGCUGCUAGCGAGAGUUCUAGGUCUAGCUAUUACAGCCUUCACAUGGAAGGUUCCGGGAGGUUAGAGCUUAGGUGGGAGAGUAACAUCACUUUCUGGUCAAGCGGAAACGAAGCAGAAGCUGCCGUUAAGAAGAAGAUUGGUGCUGUUCUUACUCCAGAGGGAGCUCUGUCUCUCGUGGAGGAACAAACUAAACCGGUUUGGUCUGUUUUUGGGGAAGAUCAUAACGACACUGCGACGAAGUUCCGGUUCCUCAGGCUCGACAGGGACGGUAACCUCAGGAUGUACUCGUUCCACGAGGAGUCAGGAGCCUGGAGACCUGUCUGGCAAGCUGUGGAGAAUCAAUGCCGUGUCUUCGCCACCUGUGGAUCGCAAGUUUGUUCCUUUAACGGCUCAGGCUCAGCAUCAUCCCCUCAGUGUACUUGUCCUUACAACACCUUCGCGUCGGUAUCAAGCGCCAAGUGCUUGACUCCUUACCAGAAGCUGAGCUGCAAGUCAGGUUACAGCAUGGUGAGAUUCGAGAACACGGAGCUGUAUGGGAUUUAUCCGGCUAAUGACUCUGUUGUCUCUCCGGUUAGCUCUCGGAGAUGCAAGGAGAUGUGUUCGGAUGAUCCUGAUUGCACUGCGGUGACUUACAAGAAUCCUCAGUGUCUCGUGAAGCUGACUAGAUACGUUAGUGGCUACUCUGAUCCGUCUCUGAGCUCGGUGUCUUAUGUUAAAACGUGUUUAGACCCAUUGCCUGUUGAUCCUCCUUCAAAGAAGGAAGCUGCUGUAGUAACGGAGAAGUCUCGCAGCGUCUGUCUUCCUUGUCUUAUCAGCGCAAGUUCGGCUACGUUUGUUCUGUUUCUCGCUUUCCAGGUUGGUGUGCUUGUGUACAUGUACAGGAGGAAGAAGAAGGAAGAUGUGAAGAGAGCUGAACGGUUCUCUAAGGUGAGAAACAACCCCAAAGGAGUGGUUGUGUUCUCUGUUGAUGAGAUCAAGGAGAUGACGAAUGACUUCGAGGAGAACAUAGGACUAGGGAUGUUCAAGGGAGUUAUUACGUCUGAGUCUGAGAAUGAACUCGUUGCGGUUAAAGAAAUGGAAGGGACGGUGACGGAGGAGAGGAAGUUUAGAAGCUCUGCGGCGAAGAUAGGGACAAUGCAUCACAAGAACUUGGCAAAGCUUGAAGGCUAUUGCUGCGAGCGAGGGAAGAGGUUUCUUGUUUAUGAAUACGCUAAGAACGGGUCUGUGCUUGACCACGGUGAGAGUUUCGUUUGGAGGAAGAGAGCAGAGACGUGGCUAAGCGUGGCGAAAGCUCUAUACUAUCUCCACUCGGAGUGCAGAGAGUUUGUUAGUCAUGGGAGCUUGAGCUGUGGGAACAUUCUCCUCGGUGAUGAGUUUGAAGCUAAGUUGAUAUUAUAUGGAUUUGGCUCGUGUGCUGCUGAUAAGGACGUUGAGGAUUUUGGGAAGGUGGUGUUAGCUUUGGUGACUGGUAGGUAUGAUGAGGAAGGAGGAGUGGUGAGUGAAUGGGUGUAUAGAGAGUGGAGUGAAGGGAGGGGAGAGAAUGUUGUGGACGCAAGGUUAGCAGGUGAGUUUGAUGUGGAGGAGGUUGAGAGGGUUUUGAGAAUCUGUUUCUGGUGUGUUCAGGUUGAUGAGCGGUUAAGACCAUCUAUGGGGGAAGUGGUUAAGGUUUUGGAAGGUACAUUGUCUGUUGAUCCACCGCCACCGCCUUUUGUCUGUGUAAGAUCAUCGUCGCCUACUAACUCAUCAGGGUCUGGUCAGUCUUUGUAUGAGUCUGUAAGAGAGUGACGUUAGUAUUGUAUAUAGUCUUUUGAGGAUUCUGAUUUAACAAGUUGUAGUGAAGUAUGAUGAUUCUUGUUUCUUUUUUUUCUAUUAAGGUCUUAACCUUUGAUC